AUGUCGCCCCCUAGUUCACCCCCCACCAGCCUACCCCCCAUCUUCGUGCCCGGCUUCCACAACGAGGCGGCGGUGCGCGCCAUGUGCUACAACCCACUGGGCGAGACCAGCCUCUACACGUGUCUCACCUCGGCUGUGGCGGCGGCGUCCUCAGCAGCCAAUAUGGGAGCAUCACAGAGGAGAAGUGCAUCGCCACCAUCAGAGAGGCCAUCCGCCAGGGGGUCAACUACAUCGACACGGCCCCUUGGUACGGACAGGGCCGCUCCGAAGACAUCCUGGGCCCUGAAGGAAGUCCCCCGCCAGGCAUACUACAUAGGGACCAAGGUGGGCAGCUAUGAACUGCAUCCUCACCACAUGUUCGACUUUUCAGCGAGCAAGACCCGGCAGAGCAUCGAGAAGAGCCUCAAGCUGUUGCAGCUGGACUAUGUCGACAUUUUGCAGGUGCACGAUGUGGAGUUUGCUCCAGAUUCGGAAAUGGUAAUAAACGAGACCCUGCCUGUGGUUAAGGAAGCGGUGGAGGCAGGCAAGGCACGGUUCAUUGGGAUCACAGGCUACCCUGUGUCUGCACUGAAGGACAUCAUCACCAGGAGUAAGGACAUCAGGAUCAGCACAGUCCUCUCCUACUGCCGAGACACCCUCGUCGACAGCACUCUCCAGGAGUACAUGCCCUUCUUCAAGAGCCAGGGUGUGGAGCUGGGUAAGCUCGCUGUAUACCACGCGCUGACGCGCGAGGGCCAGGCGACGCACAUCGUAGGGGCCAACUGCAGGGAGGUGCUGCACUUGAACCUGAGGACACUGCGAGAGGGACUCACCGAGGCAGAGCGACAGGUGCUGGAGCACGUCAAGGACAGGUUCUUUGCCGAUUUGAAGGUGAGGCACUGGGAAGGCAAGGAACUACGAGAGAGGGCGGAAAAUGAAAAACUAGAAGAACAUGUACAGCGGAUAAUUGAUGACUUGGCUGGUGAAAGCCUGCAACAGCAGCAGCAGCAACAGCAUUCCCAGUCCACCUCUGGCGCUUUUUGUUCCCAGAGCCAGGGUGUGGAGCUGGGUAAGCUUGCCGUGUACCAUGCGCUGACGCGCGAGGGCCAGGCGACGCACAUCGUAGGGGCCAACUGCAGGGAGGUGCUGCACUUGAACCUGAGGACACUGCGAGAGGGGCAGGUGCUGGAGCACGUCAGGGACAGGUGA